GAUCAGAAUUCAAUUCAAACAAUAAAAUAGUCUAUUCACUCGAAGUUUGGUUGGUCUUUUUUUAUUUGAAUUUCGAGUUGAUGGGAGUUUAAAAAAAACUCCCAUCACCUCAAAAUUCGACACUUGAUAAAUCUGCCCCCAAGUCUCAUUACUGAUCUGAUCCAGAGGUGAUGGUGAUACUUAAAAUAUUUAUAAUAAUAAAUGUAGAAUUCUACUGUGAACUAAUACCACUACUAAUCACCAAUAGUGGGGAGGGGGAGCCUUUGAUUCAUCCUAAGUUUAAUGUAUGGGAAGGGAAGUAGGUUCAUUUAAAAUCAGUUGUUCCAUAGGCACCUUGGGCUUCUAACACUAUUCUUGAAGCACAAGACCGCUCCAGCUGUGUCGUGUAUUAUUCCAGUCCCCUUCUCACUUCAGGUGCUUCCACUUGUGUGGGCGUACUGGUCAUGUUAAGACUAUUCACAACAAAACCAAAAAAUGGACUGGCACCCCAACCCCUGAGUAGGUUUGGAAGCAAGAGCUUGUGUGCCAGAAUAAACCUUCAUUUGUCUCAAAAUCACAGGUAUCCUGAGUUGAAUGCAUUUUAUGCUGCACUUGUUUCUAUUCUUCUGUACAACGUGUACUUAAGUCCACUUUUGUAAAGGAUGUGGUUUUUAAACAAGAUUGUUACAGGAAAUGCAAACCUGCUAAAAAAGUCUGUUUGUUGGUGGUGUUGGUCAGAUCAGAAUGGGUCCUCAGUGAGCAACAAGCUAGAACGCAGAAUAAUGUUUCAGACUGAAAUAUGGCUUCCCAUACUGUCCAUAACAAUGCUUGGCACUCUGGUGAUGUUGUGUGUAUGCUGCGGAUCAACCAAUAAAAAGGAUUCCAAGAAGAAUUCUAAGAAGUCAGACAAACAUGACAGAGACUAUAAAUUGAAUAAAAAACUCGGACAACUUUAUUUAGAAGGGAACACAGGACAUGCAGAGGGACCCCUAUCUGGUUACAGGGACAAUCAGGAAUUUUCAGGCAAAGACAAUAAUAUUGAGCCCCGCUAUGUGAAUGCAGCAGUAACUGAUCUAGACUCAGAAGAAGCAUACAUAGACCCAAUUUCAUCAGAUUACUACAAUUUUGACUUUGGAAGAGCAUCUGUAUAUGGAAAUGUCUUCAAUUCCCACCCUUGCCAUUUAUCAGGAGUUUAUGAGAAUGCAUGGACUGGAAAAACAGAUGUAGAGAUCCAAGAAGAAGAUCAUGACUACAUUGAUCCAGACGAUAUGUAAUAAAAGAUGUCCAACCCUCUGCAUUUGAAAGGAGCAAUGGGACCAAUGCGAAAAUCUAAGCCUCAUAUUCAAAGCAUUCAAGAAAAUAGAUCUUUCUUCUCUGCAGUACCAGUUGUGACCAUGGGAAGCUGAAGAGCAAAUGCCACUAGAGAUUAUUCUUUGGCAGAAUCUGCAUAGUUGUUUAUUAAAUGAAAUGACUUACCAAAAACGUUGUCGCUUUCAGUACAGUACAGAUGGGCCACUAUGCUUCAAGCAUAUUUCUCAAGCUGUCUACAAUUUAUACCAGAAAAAAUUGCAUUUUUAUGAAGCUGUGUAUAUUUAUUUACUUAUUUUUCCGAAGUCGCCCGAAGUUUCCUCGUGAGGCAACUUCGGAAAACGAAUCGCCGCGUGUGAUUAGCGCCGGAGAUUUUUCAUUGUAGCCAGCGUGUGUUAAGGCGUUUGGGGAGAAUGGUCGCCGCAAAGACGAAGCGUUUAGUCGCCAGGCGACUAAAUCUCCCCAAAACACCCAGUGUGACCUUACCCUAAGGGCAGAGACAAACGAGAAG